UCUUUGUCUCGAGUAUUCGGAUCCUCCGAUCCCGUCCGUCAUCCAUCCGCCUAGCUCCUGGCUCUUCCUACAGAUCCCUCUCUGUAUUUUUCCUGCUCCUCUGCAAAUCUCCCACCCCAUUACUCAAUCCGUUAACACAGCUCUAAUGGAGUCUUGAUUAUCCGCACGCUCAUUAAAAGAGUAUAUAACCAAUGGAUUACGAGGAUGUCAUACCUACCAAUGGGUUUGAGUCAGCUCAUCAGAAUGGCAUGCAUGGGCAAUUUUUGAACAAUGGAGAGGAUGCUAUUGCUGUGAGCAAUACCAAUGUCGUUGCAGAAACUGCAGAUCUUGUCGCAGUAGAGGCAAACUUACACGAGUUUAAGUUGGAUGGCAGUGGCAAUGACAAGAAUUUUUCUACUGGCUGUGCAAGAGAGAUUGAUGUAUCAAAAACCCAUAAGGAUGGUGAAGCAGUUACUGGGGAUAAGUUGAAAAAUUCUGGACCUCAGAAGAUUGAAGGCAAGAAAAGCAAUGGGAAGAUCUCAAACACCAAAGUUGCUUCGACAAUCGGGGCAAGGAAGAGUAAGGAUGGAAAGAAUGUGGAAGCUGUUGGCGUGAGUUCACAGACAAAACAACCUGCUGUAAGUAGAUCAUUUAAUGAGAGAGAAACCCAAUCAAAGCAUGGUGGAAAAUCUGAUGCAGCAUCCUCAGAAAGCUUUACAGAGAAGACAAAAUUUAAGCCCUUGAAAAAAGGAUCUCUUGAUAAACCAGAGGCCGAUGCUCAAUCUUCUUCAAGUCCUACUGCAGGAGAUUCAAAACCACGCAGAUUUGGUGCACUUCCAAACUACGGGUUCAGUUUUAAUUGUGAUCAACGGGCUGAGAAACGAAAAGAGUUCUAUACUAAGCUUGAGGAGAAGAUUCAUGCUAAGGAAGUUGAGAGGACUACAUUGCAAGAAAAGUCCAAGGAAACUCAAGAAGCCGAAAUUAAGAUGCUCAGGAAGAGUUUGACAUUUAAAGCUACACCAAUGCCGACCUUCUAUCAAGAACCUCCUCCAGCAAAGGCAGAACUAAAGAAGAUACCACCAACAAGAGCCAAGUCUCCCAAGCUCGGUCGAAGGAAGACCUCCAACACAGAUGAAUCUGAAGAAAAUGGUGGUGCAAGCCGGCGGUCGGGCCGCUUGAGCCUGGAUGAGAAGGUGUCUCGCGACAACCUUGCCAAAGGACCUUCUCCUGCAAAUUCUAAGAGGCCGCUUAGAAAGUCACUUCCUAAACUGCCUUCUGAAAAGACCACUUCGUCAGGUGGGAUGGCUAAAACUGUGAAAACAAAAGAUGUGGAAGGAAUGAACUCGUCAAGCACAAGAAUGGAGGAAAAGUUUGACACUUUAACUGAGAUGUGUGAAGCUGCUGCUGCCAAUCAAGAGCAGGAGGCAAUUCCCACCGCCGAAUUAAAUGCAUUGCAUGUUCACUCAGAAACUGUGCCGCCAGUCCAGGAGGAGCAACCAUAGCCCAUCUUUGUGGAGGAACCAUAGAUUCUGAGACAUGGGAAUCACAAUGUAGAAUUGGUGCGGACAAAAGUAAGAGAGGUAUGAGAAUCAAAUUGUACUGUAAGAACAGGUGGAGAAUUUUCUUUUACCGAAGAUCACGCCUUUGUGUUCACAGCAGACUUGGGUUGCUUCGUCUGUGCUUCUAAAGAUUGCUUCUCCUUGAUAGAAUAUUCACUAGGCCCUUCUUUGUUCUUAAGUCACUAUAUGACACCUUUUGUGCCAAUUUAUAGUACUGUAGUAUUUUCU